AUGUCUGACGAAAGUAACAAUCAUUCUUCAUUUGAUUUAUUGAUUCGAGCAUUUUAUCAAGACGAUCGUACGCAAUUCGAUGUUGAACUUAACCAUUUAUUAGAUUUAUCACGAACGCAAGACAUGCGUUUGUGUACACAAAUCAUUCUUCAAGCAUAUAAACAAAAUGAAUAUGCUUUUCUUGAAGAAUUACUUGAUCGAGAAGUUAUUUAUAGUGGUAUACCUAAUUUAACAUCAUUACAUGCUGCAUCAGGUUACGCAUUAUCACGUCUUGUUAAAUAUCUUUUCGAUGAACGAAAAGCAGAUCCAAAUCAAACAUGUACAUUUGUAAAAAACGACCAACUGUCAGGUAUAACACCUUUACAUUUUGCUUGUGGUAUAGGACCCGAACAUCUUGUUGAUGAAACAACUGAUACUGUAAAAUAUCUAUUAGCAUCCGGUGCUGAUGUUAAUUUAGUCACAUCACGUUAUGAUACAGCUUUACAUUGGGCAUCAAAAUUUGCCAAUGAACAAGUUGUUCAAUUAUUACUUGAAUAUAAAUCAAAUGUCAAUGCAAUAAACAGUCUACAAUAUACGCCUCUAUGUGAAGCAUGUUUUUAUGGUAAUUAUGAAAUUGUAAAAAUUCUUGUAGAAAACGGCGCUAAUGUUAAUGGAAAUCAAAAUGAUGAACGUUCUCCAGUUCAUCUUGUCUGUCGUGGUUUAUUAAGUGAACAUGAUGCACGUCGUAGUAGUCCAUUAAAUGAAAAAAUCAUUGAAAAACUUGAACAACGUCUUGAAAUAGUCAAAUAUUUAUAUUCACAUGGUGCAUCCAUUGAUACAUUUGAUCGUGAUGGUCUUACACCAUUUAUGUAUGCAUGUUCAAGUGGAAAUUAUUCACUUGUGAAAUACUUGAUCGAUGAACAAAAAAAUAAAGAUGAUCUAUCAACAUCAAGAAUAAUAAAUGAACGUUCGCAUACAGGUGAAACAUGUUUAAUGUAUGCGAUUGAAUCGGGUAACUUAGAUAUUGUUACACUUUUAUGUAAUCAUGGAGCUAAACUUGAUGAUCAAAAAAGUCCUUCUUAUGUAACUGCUGCUGCUUUUUAUGGACAUAAAGAUAUACUCGAAAAAUUAAUACAACUCGGACUUGAUAUAAAUGAAUUUGAUCAAAAUGAAGAUGGUGUCAUAUUUAAUCCGGUUUAUGCUUGUUGUCAUUGUGGGUCGGUAGAAUGUCUACAAUUAUUACUGGAGGCUAAAGCAAAAAUUGAUUGGAAGACAAGUCAAGGAACAAAUCCUUUACAUGCUGCCUGCUAUUCAGAUAAAAGUUCAACAAAACUUGUUGAGUUACUCUGUCAAUAUGGUAAUUUUGAUUUAAAUGAAAGUACAAAUGCUGGUGAAACACCUCUACUUAUGGCUAUUGAACAAAACGAUUAUGAUUUAGUCGAUUAUUUAUUAAGACAAGGUGCUUAUCCUGAUCGACCAAAUCACGAUGAAUGUUUUCCUAUUCAUCUAGCUUGUUUUAAUGGUCAAGCAAAUAUUCUCUAUCUACUUCUAGCAUUUAAUGCAACUAUUGAACAAUCGAAUGAAAAUUAUCCACAUCCAUUAGUCAUUACAACAUAUAAACGAGAUUUAAUUUGUUCGAAAUUAUUGAUCGAAUCACCGAAAUGUUCUGAUCGAGUCGUUCGUGAAGUCUUAAUUGAUUCAAUCGAAAGUGGUUUUGAUGAAUUAAUAGGUGAAAUAAUUCGUACGCGUCCUCAUCUUAUACCUGAUGAUCUCAAAGAUAAAAUGACUGAUACACUUCUCGCACUCGAACAACUUAAUCUUGAUUCAUCAGCUUAA